AAAACGUAUGACUGAUUGAUUGAGUGAUGGAGUGAUUGAUUGAUUGAUUGAUUGAUUGAUUGACUGAUUAACGUGAGAGGGGGAGCAGGCUCCUGGGUAAAAUACAUUAUGUACCAUGUAGCUGUGUACACCAGCUCUGCUCAGACACCCAGUGGGAGCUAUGGGGUUAAUGUAAAAUCCUUCCGCUACUUCCUUAUCGCUGUCAUGCUGCUGCUUCUCUCUCUUUUGAGAAAUGCCUGAAUAAUUUGAUGCGGUUGGAGAAAAACGAGCACUGCUGUUUGAGAUAAAAUGGGUGAAACAAGACGACGAGCUUUAAAAAUAGUUAUUCAGAUAACUUGCCAAUUUCUAUGGAUGAAUUGCCUCGAUGCGGUUGAAUCCACGUGACUAACUGAAAAGGGCUGGCAGGUCUGGUGGUAGGUCUGAGUGGUAUGUACCUGUUGUUGAACUACAGACACAAUGGCCUCUUCUUCGCCCACACAUACAUCAUCCUCCCAGCAUGCCUAGCUCUGGCCAGCGCUACUCUCCUAUUGGCCAGCGGAGGACUGGGCAUCUGGGUGUCCCUCAGAAAGUCAGCCUUGCUACAGGGUGUGUUUGUCUAUCUGCUGGUCAUGGUUUUCUGCCUGGAGGCGACUGCUGCUGCUCUGGCCUAUGUCAACGCAGGGAAGGUGGACUCUGAGCUGGCUCCCUUCAGUAGUGUUUUUCAAAGAUACACAGGAAGCAGUCAGGACCCAUACUCCGACGCUGUGGACGCCACACAGAAAGAGUUACGGUGCUGUGGAAUCUAUGACUACCGUGACUGGUUGGCCACGCCCUGGUUUAACCACAGUGGGCAGGGCAGUGUACCUCGCAGCUGCUGUAAUUCCACCUACCACACCUGUAAUGGUACCCUGGAGCUGCCCGGGCUACUAUAUCCAAAGGGCUGCCAGGUGAAGCUGGAGGAGGCCUUGCUUUUUGUUCUGCAUCUCAUCAUCUGGUCGUCUCUGGCAGUGGCGCUAGUGGAGACUGUAGGGUUUGUGAGUGUGGCUCAGCUGAUGAGUGACCAGCCUCUGUUGGAGUAUGGAAUACUGGACAGGGAGUGGGCCUGAACCAGAGUGGCAGAAAGUAUUCUGGUCUGAGAAUCUACUUUAGAAGUACUAUGUCCUGCAACUUGGUAAAGUUCAUAAUACUGUGGACCUAUGUGCAGUCAAAAAUGUCGUUCCCCCCCCCCCCCAGUGUUUUAUAUAAUAUUUCCACACUGAGGUUGGAAGAAUACUAUGAAAUUGUGAAAAUACUCAUAAUGCCCUUUUAGUGUAAGAGCUGUUUGAAAAGACUGCUCUCUAGUGGUGUGUGUGUGUGGGUGUGUGUGGUUAUAGUUGUCUGGGCAGCUCCAGAGCACCUAGGGUACCAUUACAGGUCAUUGAUGUAAUCAUCCCCGAUCUUGUUGGUGAAACUGCUUUAAAAGAGUGAUUAUCUUGCUUUCACUAAACUAAUGUAUACACAUCCGUACAUCUGUGAAGGGAGGAAGGUGUACUCUAAAAGUGUUGGAAAGUGUCCUACACCUCUGCAUACACUUCCUUCAUUUCAUAAGGAUCAACAGGAAUAUGUAAUGCCACAAUGUUUUGGUUUGUCUGUUUUGUUUUUGUUCACUGAUGUAGAUGCAUGCUUGUUAAAGAACCCACUCCAUCAAAAUAAAUUGUCAGCAUGUCACAUGUCCUGCAGAUGACAUAUUAAUGACAUUUUUACACUA